GCGGGUGUUCCUGUGGGAGGGGUUAUGAUUACACUGCAGUAAUGUAAGACUGUAGUCAGACACCGGGUGAGAGAAAGGUGUCCGGGGGCACCGAUGGCAUUGUCUCGUGAGCUGUGGAGGGUGUUCUCCGGUCGCUGCAGCAUGCACGAUGUUCUCGGCUGUCGUAAGGACUCUAACGUUACCUUCAGGAUCACGCAGAGGCGAGCAGGGUGUUGCGCAGCCCAGCUUGUGAUUACACAGAGUGGUUCCUAUGGCUUCAAGCUCCAUGAAGAGCGGUGCAUGUAACGGGACCGCUGUCGCGGAUAUCCCCAAAGUGAAUGUAGAGCAGGAACUGUAUGAUUAUCAAAUGCACACGAGUAUGUGCAAGAAAAUAGCUCAGCUGACAAAGGUGAUAUAUUCCUUAAACACUAAGAAUGAGGAGCAAGAGGAAGCAGAUCAGGAUGAGGAAGAGGAGGAGUCAGCAUCUAUUCUGAGGACACGCCUUCUAGAGCUGCAGGCCACUGUAGAGGAAGUGGAGGAGCGUGGACAGAGGGCUGAAAUAGAGUAUGUGGAGCGCAUAGCUGUGUUAAACCAAGAGACGUCAGAUCUGCGCAGAGACUACCAGAAUCUGCAGACGGAGAGAGACAAGCAACACAAGCUACUGCAACAAACACUGGAAGAAAACCAGCGCUUAGAGAGCGAGUGCCAAGAGCUACGCAGAGCCAGAGAUGAAGAGAGGAAGCGAGAGGAAGAGGAGAAGAUGCACAGACUGGAGGAGGAGAGGAAGAGAGAGAUGGAGGAGAGAAAGAGACUAGAGGAGGAGUGUGAAGAAAGGCUGAAAACCGUGAGAAAGGAGCUUCAGGCUUUCAGGGAGGAGAAGGAGAGAGCAGAGAAGGAAUGGAAGAGAGAUGUGGAGGAGUGGAAGAGGAGAAUGAAGGAGAUGGAGGAAGAGAAGAGGGAGGAGCAAAAGACAGCUGAGAAGACGCUACAAAAGAGCCUCACUGAACACAUCAACCAGUGGCACCUGAGAGAGCAAGAAAACCGCAAGUCCCAGAAUGCAACACUUCAGCAGAGGCUGAGAAAAGCGGAGACUGACUUGGAGGUUCAGGAACAGAGGCUGAAUGAGAGCAACAGACGCUGCAGCGAACUGCAGGAGACAGUAGAGGAGCUGGAGGAGCAGUUGGAGGACGGGCGUCACCGGGUGGCCGAGGCUGAGGAUGUGGCGAAGAAGGCAGACGAGGAGUUAGCUGUAGCCAAAGAGCGAUUAUUACUGCAAGAAAAUGAGAUACAGAGCAAGUCAGAGGAGUUAAUGAGUCAGAGUUGGUCUCAGGUGAGGGUCUCUGCUGAAGUAGAAGAGCUGAGGUCUCAACUCAGUCGUCUCAACAUUAAAAACAAAGAGCUGGAGCUUCAGAACAGCAGCCGAUCCAAUGACCACGCACGCAUGCUCAAACAGCAUGCAGAUGCUCUAUCCUCUAUGCGUCUGGAGCUGCAGCGUGCUCACACUGAGGAGAUCAGGCGCCUUCAACAGGAAGUGGACAACGAAAGAGAGAAUGACAGACAGGAGCUGGAAGAAGAGAAGAAACAGGUGCAGCAGAAGAUGGAAGAAGAGAAAGUCAGGCUGAAAGAACAGCUUGGGAAAGCAUUGGAAGAAGUGAUACGCAAACACGGCAGUGAGCUGCGGUGUACGCAGGCAAUGCUGGACGCAGAGAAGAAGACGACGCAGCAGAUUGAGGAGCAGAUGAAAACCACAGAAAAAGAGAGAAAGGCUUUAGAGAAUGAGAGAGAAGAGCUACACAACCAACUACAGCUGUCCCACAGAGAGAUGUCCAAAUUGGAGGAGAUGAUUCAGACGCUGGAGAGAGAACGAGAAGAGGAGAAGGAAAGAGCAAAAGAUAGAGAGCAGGAGGUGAAGCGGCAGACAACAUGCGGCCCGGAGUGUGUUCGAGUGAGAGAAGAACUGGAAAACACACGCAGCAGCAUGCAGCAAACACAGGAGGAGUUCACUGCAAAGAAGGAAGUGUUACAGGCAGAGAUUUCUUCUGUACAGCAAGAGCGAGACCUUCUACAACAGUGCAAUCACCGCAUCGAGGAGAGGAUCAGGCUACAGUUUGAGAAGCAGUUCUCUGAUCAGAUCGUGGAACUGAAGAGAGAAAGAGAGGAAGAGAUCAGAAAGACGAACCAACUGUGGCAACACAGAGUAGAAGAACUGCAGACACAGUUGGAGGAGAGGAGAGCGCUCUCAGAGAAGAUGGAAGGAGAGAGAGAGAGACGUUAUGGUGAUGGAGAGAUGGAGCGAAUGAAGCAGGAGAUCCAGAAGACGAGAGAUAUGAACAGCUCGCUCAGAUCUCAGCUUCACUCCAUCAUUCAGGAGAAAGAGAGACUGAUGAAGCAGCAGCUACAGGUGGUUAAAGAGGAAGAUGAAGACGAGGAGGACAGAAGCGUGUUGCGUGAGGAAAGGUUAAAUCACCAGCGUGCUCUUCAGGUCCUCGAAGCACAAGCCCAUGAGGAACUUCAGUCAGAAAGACAGCGCUUGCUCACACAGCACAAACUCCAGCUGGACAAGCAGAAGGCAGAGCUGACCCAGCAGCACACGGAGUGGGUGAGACAGGUCACCCAGAGACACAUGCAGCAGAUCGAAGACCUUCAGAACGAAAUACACACACACACACAAAUGAUGGCUUUGCAGCAGGAUCUGAAGCAGCAGAACCGCUUACAGUCUCUAGAGAGACAGCUGGAUGAGAAGAGCAGCGAGGUCCAGGAGCUAAAGAGAGAGAACGGAGAUCUGAAAGAUCGCAUGAGUGCAACACAGAGAGAACAAACAGAUGAGCACAAACACAAGAGUUUCUCGGAGGAACCAGAUGAGUGUGUGAAGAGAGAGCACACAAUGGAGAUCCAGACCAUAAUAUCAGCCCAAACACGACUACAGGCCCGCAUAGUUGCCUUGGAAACAGAGUUGAGAGAAAGGGAAGAAAGGGGAAAGAGGAGAGUAGAAGACUUGCACAACAUUGCUAAACUACAGGACAAGCUGAGCGAGAGAGACCAACUCAUCAGAAGUCUAGUGGAGGACCUCCACCAGCUGUCCCAGCAUCCUCCUCUGUGCAGCGACGAAAUAUUGAAGCCUUAUGACUCUAGGACACAAGCAGGGACCCUCACGCCUACUAUGAAGAAAAAGAGGGUUGAGGAAACUAGCAUCCUGAACCUCUGCUCAUACGCUGGGGGGUCACCCGAGACCAAAUGCUCAGCGGUUAUGGAGCGUGGAUUAUCCAGUCUGGAACAGGGCGGGCGAGACACCACCCUAACAAGAACACACACACCCACUCCCCCUAAUGCUGAACACAGAGCCUCCAUCAGACACAAACAUCCACCUUCACAAGAUCAGAUCAACUACAGCCAGCACAUCAUCAGGACUCCUGCUGAGACAGGCUCUGAUGGACAAGAGCCUCAAAAACAGGAGUGGUUCACCAAAUACUUCUCUUUCUGAGGUCCUCCGGCCCCAAACAAGCUCACCAAAGUCUCCUUUUUCUGCAUUAUUACACUCAACUACAAGCUAACACCAAAUAAGCUUUCCUACAGCAUGCAUCUCAGUUUUAUUCUGUUGAACGAUCGGCAGCACACAGAGCCAGUGUCUUAAAAUGUCAUGAGAUUAUGCAUUAAACCAUGAAGAAAGGAUGAUGAGUGGCUGAGCAUGGUGUGAAAUGCUAAGAAAAAAAAAUUAAUGCAAGAAAAGCUGGUUUUGCCAUGCAAUGCUGAACCUGUAACUUUUUCAAGAUAAUAUACGUGUC